AUGGCUACCGGAAAUGAAUCCAUUCCGACGCACGAGGGAUUUGACAGCGCAAAACGUGCGCGCACAGCCCAGUUGUCACAGAUGACGAAAUUAUACAAUGAAAUAGAACGACACAUGAUCUCGCACGACAAUGAAGAAACUGUCAAAACUUUAUACAGUAAAAUAUGUGAGCGAUUUGAACAAUUUAAAGCUGCUCAUUUACGAUGUUUGGAUGUGUGCUCAGACUCUGAAGUUGUAUCUAAAUUAGAAAUGAACUAUGAAAGUUGUUAUAAGAACUUUGUUGAAUUCCGGGAAAGAUUUUCACAGUGGAUUUCUUCUGAGAAAACGCCUGAUGAUAAUAAUGACGCCUGUUCUUCAGUCAGCCAUGUUAGUUCAUCUUCAACAGUGUCCUCGCGCUCCAGGUUAAGAAGCGCGAAAGCUAAACGUUUAAUUGCGGAACAUAAAAUUAAAAUGUUAAAUAAAAAGCAAGAAUUAGAGCGCGCACGCGUAGAACUACAAAUGAAACAACAAUUACUAGAUCAACAGUCUGAACUUGAAGAAGCGCAAUUAGAAGAAUCAGUAUGGCAACAAGCUGUACAGGAAGAGAAUGGAGUGAACUUAGAAGUCCAGUCUCAGACAACAGUACAACAUUCUACUUCCGGUGAAACAACUUCCGUUACUGGAAAUGUGACAGGUACAGUCAGUGAUUGUAUUCUUCUGCCUAAAACCCAUACGACAGCAAGUACGUCUUCUACCGGAAGGAAUAUAAAUUAUAAUGAUAUGUGUAGCAGUGCACGUGAUCACGGGCAUAACCAAGAUGAGGCUAAGAGUGCGCAUUCUAUAAACAAUAUGAACUCCGAGGUUAGUAUUUCUACAAUAGACAUAGCGUUCCAGAAACUUGCAUCUACACUUCAGGAAGGGUUCAAUCUUCCGAAACCGGAAUUACUCACAUUUAGCGGCAAGCCAACUGAAUAUUGUAAGUUCGUCAAAAACUUCGAAACUAAUAUCGAAAGUAAAAUUACCGAUGAUAGACUUAGGUUGAGCUAUUUAAUACAGUACUGUUACGGUGAAGCAAAGUGUUGUAUUGAAGAUUGUGUUUUGUUGGAACCCAGUGAAGGAUACAGGCGCGCACGUGACAUCUUGUUCUCACGUUAUGGAAGGCCGCACGUGAUCGCUAGAACAUAUAUUGAAAAGUUGGUAUACGGUCCACAGAUAGCAGCAUCUGAUACAGACGGACUAUCAAAAUUAGCAUUAGAAAUGCAAAGGUGUGAAAUAACUUUAUCGCAACUAGGAUAUAAUUCGGAUGUAGAUAAUUCUGAAAACUUGAGGCGAAUUGUGAAACGGUUGCCUAUGCAUCUGAGAGUGAAAUGGGUUGAUAUAGCACAUGUAAUUAACGAAUCUGGCAGGGAAGUACAUUUUACCGACUUAGUGAAAUUUGUUGAUGAGAAAUCACGUGUUGCCAGUUCAAUGUAUGGAAUCGAUCUCAUUAAAGAAAAUCGAACAGCGAAGUCAGCUUCCGGUAAACCGCACGGUACAAAGCCUGUAAAAGAUGUAACUACAUUGACCACACACAGUAAUACUGAUCAGAGAAGAAACGAAAGAAAGUGCCGUUGUUGCCAUGGUAACUGCCUGGAUGUAUCUGUAUGUAGCAAAUUUAAAUCGAUGAGUCUAAAUGAGAGAAAAGAACUGGUGCGAAAAUUCAAGUUGUGUUACAACUGUUUGAAAGGCAACCAUUCAUCUAGCAACUGCAGAAAACCAAAGUCAUGUACAGUACCCGGUUGCGAAGUGAAACAUAACAUGUUGUUACAUAGUUGGAGCAGACCCAAUCCUGAAUCUUCGGCGACACAAGCUGUGACUUGUGCAUCUGUGAAGAACUCAAAUGCGAAGAACUGUUUAGGAAUUAUACCAGUUAUUGUGAAUGCUGAAAAUGGAAAUUCCUGUCAAACAUACGCUCUGUUAGAUGACGGUGCAGAUAAAACCUUAUGUGAUGAGAGGUUGUUACAGUCUUUGAACGUCACAAGUAAACCUGUUACAUUCAAUAUUUCAACGGUAAACUCAACAAGUAGUACCAUUCACGGACAGGAAAUAGAUCUUACUGUAAUGGCGGUGGACGAAAACAGAAAUGAAGAAGUGACACUUUCCAAGGUGUGGUCAGUGAUGGAGCUUCCAAUCUCAACAAGAUCCGCAGCAGUAAAUGUUGACUUAAAGAAAUUACCCUACUUAUCAGAUAUAGACAUACCCCAAAUUGACACAAACAAUGUUAUGCUACUGAUCGGUACAGAUUCUCCAGCUGCACAUAUUCCACUCGAAGUGCGUUCAGGAAACAUUGAUCAACCGUACGCCGUGCGAUCACGGUUAGGAUGGGCAGUACGUGGUCCAGUUCAAGACACUUGUGAGCCUAAUACCGUAAAUGUCCACUUUGAACAAUCCAGAGACGUGUUACUGCAACAGCAACUGGAAAGAAUGUGGAAUACAGAAUUUAAUGAUAGAUCAUUGAAUGAAAAGGACUCUAUGUCUGUUGAAGACAAACAUGCUCUGCAGAUUAUGGAAUCAUCUCUUACCCAUGAAGAUGGUCACUACAAAAUUGGAUUACCAUGGAGGAAGGAGAAUGCAUCCUUGCCGAACAACAUAGCUCUUGCCCAAGUACGCCUACAACAACUGAAACGUAAACUGUCACGUGACCCGGAAUUACAUAAAAUGUAUACAACAUCCCUGAAUGAUUAUAUUGAGAAAGGAUACGCAGAAGAGGUGAAAGAUGGCCUUGAAAAUAAUUCUAGACGUACAUGGUACUUACCACACCACCCAGUAACAAAUGUGAACAAGCCAGGCAAAGUACGUGUAGUUUUCGAUUGUGCUGCUAAGUACCACGGCAUUUCACUGAACAGCCAAUUACUGCAAGGACCGGACUUAAUGAACAGUCUAGUAGGAGUUCUCAUACGAUUUAGGAAAGAGAAGGUAGCUCUAGCCGCAGAUAUUGAAGCAAUGUUUCACCAGGUGCGUGUUAUGGAAGAAGACUGUGAUGCUUUAAGAUUUCUAUGGUGGCCUGGGGGUGACAUCACACAGCAGCCAAAUUGCUAUCGUAUGAAGGUACAUUUGUUUGGAGCUACAUCAUCACCCAGUUGUGCAGCAUAUGCCUUAAAGCGUACUGCAACCGACAAUGCCCGUUUAUUUGGAAAGGAAGUGGUUUCUACAGUAGAGCGAGAUUUUUAUGUCGAUGAUUGUCUGAAGUCUGUAGAAACGGAUGAUAAAGCUAUCAAGCUGGCUACAGAUCUGCAAACACUAAUGAAGUUAGGCGGAUUCCGACUUACGAAGUGGUUAAGUAACAGUAGGGCUGUACUGAACGCUAUCCCAGAAUCUGAACUCGCACCAUCUGUCGUCAAUCUGAGUCUAGACGAAACUUUACCAUGUAAUCGAGCACUUGGUGUACAAUGGAAUGUUAACGACGACAGAAUCCAGAUUAAAGUCAAGCUGUCUGAUAAGCCACUCACGAGACGCGGCAUUCUGUCAGUUGUAAGUUCAAUAUACGACCCACUGGGACUCGUCUCGCCCGUAACACUUCAAGCUAAAGCUAUAAUACAGAGCCUGUGCAGACUGAAGAUCGGCUGGGAUGACCAGAUACCACAGAGCAUCAACAAUGAAUGGCAUACCUGGUUAUCAACCUUACCUUGUCUGGAGAAUGUGUCUGUAAACCGCUGUUUCCGACCAAGUGACUGUGUUAAAUCUACGGAACUGCAUAUAUUUAGUGAUGGAUCCGAAACCGCCUAUGGAGCCUGUGCUUACCUUCGAUUUGUUGAUACCUAUGACAAUGUAACAUGUUCUCUAGUCAUAGGAAAAUCUCGUUUAGCCCCGAUCAAACAGAUGUCUAUACCACGUCUUGAGUUAUCCGGAGCUGUUGUCGCUUGCCGUAUUUAUUCGAUGUUGUCCGAGGAACUAGAUAUAAAGAUUGAUCAAGUUACCUUCUGGACUGAUUCCAUGAUUGUAUUAGGAUACAUAAAGAACGUAUCAAAACGGUUCAAGACAUUCGUUGGCAAUAGACUCAGCAUUAUACAUAAUACUACCUCACCAGACCUGUGGCGCCAUAUUGACACAAAGUCGAAUCCCGCAGAUAUAGCUUCAAGAGGCAUACAUGCGAAUGACACUAAGAAUCUACAUAUUUGGCUAAAUGGACCAGAUUUUCUAAGAAAAGAUCAUACUCAGUGGCCACAGAAUCAGCUUGCACCGGAAGUAACCGACGAUGAUACAGAAGUGAAGAGAGAAGUCAAGAUAAACAUCACAAUGACUAAUAGAAGUCUAGAUGAUAUCAUUGAUCGCUACUCAAGUUGGACUAAACUUAGAAGAGCAGUCGCGUGGUUACUUAGAUACAAGGUAUUUUGCAGACAGAAAUACUUAAAUCACGAACUUGACAUGGAAAAAGGAAACUUAACAUUAGCGGAAAUCCAGAAAGCAGAACACGAAUUACUGAUACAUGUACAAGAGGAAACAUUCGCACAUGAGAUGAAUAACUUAAAACAAUACAAGCCAGUCAGAACUGAUAGCAGUAUUGCAUCCCUUAACCCCAAAAUAUGUGACAAACUAAUCCGAGUACAAGGACGUAUACGAUCUCAAAACCCCAGUAAAUGUCCCAUUAUACUACCAAGCAAGCACACUAUAACAAAAUUAAUAAUUCGACAUAUUCAUGAGAAUAACGGUCAUGUCGGAAAACAACAGGUACUUGCAAUCUCGCGUGAGAAGUACUGGAUAGUUCGAGGACUGAGUACUGUAAAAGGUGUAGUGAGAAGUUGCUUAGUGUGCAGACGACAACACUCCCCCCUGCUACAACAACAGAUGGCGCCUCUUCUUGAAGAGCAGACGACACCAGAUGAACCCCCUUUCACUUACGUUGGAAUAGAUUACUUUGGUCCACUGAUUGUAAAAGAAGGUCGCACACAUGUGAAAAGAUAUGGCUGUCUUUUUACCUGUCUUUCAACUAGAGCGGUACACCUGGAGGUCUGUCAUAGUUUGACAACUAACUCCUUCGUCGCAGCAUUUCAACGCUUUACCUGUCGCAGAGGAUAUCCAAAGAAGGUGUAUAGUGAUAAUGGCACAAAUCUUGUAGGUGGCGAUCGUCAGCUGCGGCAGUCGAUACAAGAAUGGAACUCUUCAGUAAUAGGGAAAUAUAUGACAGAAAAGGAAAUAGAAUGGCACUUUAACCCGCCUCAAGCGAGUCAUAGAGGAGGAGCCUGGGAAAGGAUGAUUCGUUCCACACGAACAAUUUUAAAAGCGUUGAUCAGGCAACAAUUGCUCACAGAUGAACAAUUAGUUACGCUGAUGACAGAAACUGAAAGAAUCCUGAACGAUAGACCAAUAACCAAGGUUAGCGAUGAUCCUGAAGACAUGUCUGCCCUCACACCAAAUAUGCUACUACUAAUGAAGACUAACAGUAGUAUUCCAAGGGGAAUAUAUAAUAAGAAUGACACAUAUGUAAAACGAUGGUGGAAGCAGGUGCAAUAUCUUUCAAACGUUUUCUGGAGAAGAUGGAUACGAGAAUACUUACCAGCUAUACAACAGAGACAAAAAUGGCAAAGAAAGACCACUGAUUUACGUGUAGGUGAUAUUGUGCUAGUGUUUGACGAAAGUACCCCAAGAGGAAAAUGGCCGUUGGGAAGAAUUGUAAAAACAAACAAAAGCCGUGAUGGACAUGUACGAAGCUGUAUUGUAAAGUAUAAAAAUACACAAACAGUGAAACCAAUUACGAAGUUGUGCCUACUUGAAAGUUCAGCUUAA